CCGAUAAAUAAAACAACGCCAUCACAUUGUCUUUCUAGAUUUUCAUUAUCAAAUGCUAAGUUAUCCCCACUUAAGACGAGCCACACGAUACCUGAGUUAAUCUUUAAUGAUAAUAGUUCGUCUUAUUACACUAAUCAGGAUAAAAAUAAUAUAAAUACUUGUAGAACCUCUGUUAAUCAACAGCAUAAUAACUUUAGGAAUCCUUAUCUUCCCCAAGCCUCCAGCAUAAGUUCAUCUUUAAUAACACCUAAAACACCUAAAAUUGAGGAUCCUAUUAAUUCACCAAAAUUUUCAUUCACGCAAUCUCAGCCUACACUUGAACCUAAAUCGUACGAGUUUCUUCCAGAAAAAGAUACAGAAUUUAAAACUCAAGAAUUAAAUGUUCAAAAAUUAAAUACUCAAGAGUUACAUGCAACUCAAAAGUUAAAUGCGUUACCAAUUUAUCAGUUAUCAACAAAGAGACAACAACGUCCAAGAAGUAUCCAAACUAAACGUUCAGGUACCUCUGCACCUCAACGUAAACGAAAGGGAAAUAGCCUAGCUAGAGUAAUGGCUGAUCAAGGACUUUUAGAAUCAGUUUUCAAUACUAAUAUUACUUCAAAUGAUAUAAAGUCAGUUCGAAUACCACCACCACUUCCGAUGCAAUUUGAUGAAUUAAUGUCUAAUAUCAUUGCACUUGAUCUUGAUACUGAUGCACUAGAAAAGAUAUCACCCGAAAUUUCUUGGAAGGGACAGCCAUUAUCUAUUGCACAUUUACCUCAUUAUAACGCUUUGCACCCUACAGAAGCACGUAUAGUGUCUAUUCUUCGUCUUACUCCAAUACAAUAUCUAACUGGGAAGCAUACGCUCAUUUCAGCAGCUCAUAGAUACGCUCAAAAGGCACUCCCAUUCAAGAAAA